UCAUAAUCACGUGAUUGAGAAUGGCAUCAGCGGGUCGGAAGAAGCGUGUAGCUCCAGCUCUACUCCACAAAGUUGAACAAUUCAACGACGACGUUAACGACGCUUUUAUUGUACCACACGAGGACGCCGUAGUGACGGCAAGUGAUGACAAAAUAUUGAGAGUGUGGCUACUUCGUGAAAGUGGCGAGUACUGGCCAAGUAUCUGCCAAAAUCUUAGCAGUUCCGUGUCUUCUUUAUCAUAUAAUGGAGAAACAAGACGAUUGUUUGUUGGAUUAGGAUCAGGAGCUAUAACAGAGUUUCAGUUGUCUGAAGAUUUCAAUCGGAUAUCACUUCGAAGGAACUAUGAAGCUCAUUUAAACAGAGUUACACAAAUGGCAUUUUCACUUGAACACGAGUGGCUGCUCAGUGUCAGUAGAGAUAAAACUUUUCAAUGGCAUUCAGCAGAAUCAGGACUUCGGAUUGGAGGCCAUCGCACAGAAGCAUGGUGCAUGACUGUUCAAUUUGAUGCUGAAUCACAGCAUGCAUUUGUUGGUGACUACUCUGGUGCAAUUCAUGUUAUCAAACUUGAGAAACGGAGUCUAACAAUAGUUACAACACUGAAGGGACACUCAGGAAGUGUACGAGCAAUGGCGUGGGAUCAUGAGAGGAGACUUUUGUUUUCAGGAAGCUAUGAUCAGACUGUAAUAGUUUGGGAUAUUGGAUCUCAGAAAGGAACAGCAUUUGAACUGAAUGGACACAUGGCGCCUGUUUGUGGUCUUUCAUACUCGCAACACACACGAAAACUUUUGUCCAGUGGCCAUGACCAGAAGCUGGUUGUAUGGGAUAUGGAUAUUUUAAGAACUGAGACUCCCAGCUGGAAAGAUAGCGAUACUUGUGAGCUAUGCAAGCAGACAUUUUUCUGGAAUGUAAAGGAGAUGUGGAACCGGAAAAAAGUUGAUCUCAACCGACAGCAUCAUUGCAGAAAGUGUGGCUGUGCUGUGUGUGAUAAGUGCUCGAAGAAUUCAACUGCUUUACCAAAGUUAGGAUUUGAGUUUCCAGUGCGAGUUUGUAAUGACUGUUAUGCAAAAGUAACAGAUGCCGAUCAGAGAAGUACAACAAUGUUUUUUGACAUGAAGCAUGAAGUCAAGCUUGUCUAUUUUGAUCCUACGAAAGGUCACUUGCUCACAGUUGGCUCUGAUCGUGUUGUCAAGUUGUGGGAUGUGAAGGGAGUCAUGAAAGAGUAAACAAGUAGAAAAUAUAGUCUUUGAUGUUUAUUGGUAACAUUCAGUCUGUGUACCUCAUUUCAUAGCUUCAGGGAUAUAGUGGUUAAUGAACUGUUAGUGUUUGCAGUGCCAUACAGUGACAAAGGCGAGAUGAACUAUGUAGUUAUGACCUGUUGCUUUGUGUGAAAUGUGUUAGAGAACACCCAUGAUCAAAUACAGAUGACACUCUAGUACUGUACUACAUUGAAACAAUACACGUAUGACUACAGU